GAAGAAUAACCCUAGCCCUAUAAGAGAUCGUUUUGAAACCUUGAGGCCGCGAUGGCGGCGAUAUGCAGGAAGAUGGAUCAGGGGCGGAGGGUGGAAGGAAAGAAAGGCUAGAAGCGGCGGAGAAGUAUGUGGAUAAGAAACAAAUCAACCUGAUGGGAUCAUGAUGUCCUUCGUUAUUUUAUAGUUUUCAAUCUGAAUUUCAAUUCGCCGCUCGCUUUUCCUUGCCUCUACCACCGCUCUUACCGUCGCUCCGGUGUGCUCCGCCACCGACCUUGUGAUGAUCAGAACUGAAGGUCCGGACAUAUUUAUUUUAGCUGAGGAUUUCAAAGCUUUUUCCGGUGACUCGAGAGCCCUCGCCGGAACCAAUGAGCAGAAGAAGAACAUCUCAGGCUUUUCCGGGUUUGAUUUCCCGAAUCCGAUGCGCUUCGGCUCUGUUUCUUCUUCCACAAGCGACGACUGCGGUUUCUCUACCCCACCCACCAAGGAAACAACAGUAGAAAACAAAACGGUGAAGUUUCACUUAAAGCGCCGACAGGCAACGACCAAACAAGAAUCAACACAUCCAGUUCUUGAGCUCCAAAUCAAAGAUCUCACAAGAAUCCAGAUGCUUCACAUAAGAGUCUUGGAGAAGAAGAACCAAAACACUCUUUCCAAACCUCAUAAACAGAACAAGAACAAGAAGAAAGAAGUUGUUACCUCUCCCGCGGAGGUGGAGAAGCCUGGUCAACUGGUGGCUACACUCGAGUCCGGUAUGUCUCUCGGUUCAGGCGAGUACUUCAUGGACGUGUUAGUCGGUUCACCGCCAAAACACUUCUCCUUGAUCCUCGACACAGGAAGUGACUUAAACUGGAUCCAAUGCCUGCCUUGCUACGACUGUUUCCAGCAAAACGGUGCGUUUUACGACCCAACAACCUCUACCUCUUUCAAGAACAUAACUUGCAACGACCCAAGAUGCAGCCUAGUCUCACCACCCAACCCUCCAAAGCCUUGCAAAUCAGAGAACCAACCGUGUCCUUACUACUACUGGUACGGAGACAGCUCCAACACCACCGGAGACUUCGCAGUCGAGACUUUCACCGUUAAUCUCACCACCAACGGAGGGAGCUCUGAGCUGUAUAACGUUGAGAACAUGAUGUUUGGUUGUGGUCACUGGAACAGAGGUCUCUUCCACGGUGCUGCGGGGCUGCUUGGUUUAGGAAGAGGUCCGCUUUCGUUCUCAUCUCAGCUUCAGUCUCUUUAUGGUCACUCCUUCUCUUACUGCCUUGUCGAUAGAAACAGCGACGCUAACGUUAGCAGCAAGUUGAUCUUCGGUGAAGACAAGGAUCUGCUGAGCCAUCCGAACCUGAACUUCACUUCUUUCGUCGCGGCCAAAGAAAACUUGGUUGAGACAUUCUACUACGUACAGAUCAAGUCCAUUCUUGUCGCGGGGCACGUUGUGAACAUACCCGAAGAAACAUGGAACAUCUCAUCGGACGGUGCUGGAGGAACCAUCAUUGAUUCGGGUACAACGUUGAGUUACUUUGCUGAGCCUGCUUAUGAGAUCAUCAAGAACAAGAUUGCUGAGGAAGUGAAAGGGAAGUACCCUGUCUACAGAGACUUCCCGGUGCUAGACCCUUGCUUCAACGUCUCUGGUGUGGAUAACGUUCAGCUUCCUGAGCUUGGGAUUGAGUUUGCAGACGGUGCGGUUUGGAACUUCCCUACAGAAAACUCAUUCAUUUGGUUGAGUGAUGAUUUGGUCUGCUUGGCGAUUCUUGGAACUCCAAAGUCAGCGUUCUCCAUCAUUGGAAACUAUCAGCAGCAGAACUUUCAUAUACUCUAUGAUACCAAGAGGUCCAGGCUUGGGUUUGCACCCACAAGGUGUGCAGAUGUAUAAACAAACCUUCUUGUUGAGUUUUUGCAGAUAAAAAGUUCGUUAAAGCAAUUGUACACACAAGAAAGAUAGCAACAAGGAGGAGGACCAGAGAUUUUUUGUUCUCUUUAAUAUUUUUUUCAUUCUUUAGGAUAAAUAUUAUUUUUCUUUCAAUAAUGUAUUUUCUGUAGAACAAAGUUUAUAUCUAUCUAAUGUACUGAUUCAACACUCAAUUUCUGAAUACAA